UGAGAGGUAGCUUCAGAAGUCGAAGAGCUACCGUGGCGCGAGCGUCCGAGAGCCCGUCCCGUCACCGCACCUGCCGCGCGGGGCGAUGAGGGCCGCGCGGGUCACCCUGCGCAGCGCCGCCCCUCUGGCGGCGGGCGGGGUCAGCAGCCCGGUGCCGCGCGAGGUGGAGCGCUUCUCCCGCUACUCGCCCUCCCCGCUCUCCAUCAAACAGUUCCUGGACUUCGGUUCAAGUAAUGGAUGUGAAAGAACCUCUUUCGCAUUUCUGCGGCAAGAACUUCCUGUGAGGCUAGCAAAUAUCCUGAGAGAAAUUGACCUGCUUCCUAGUCAGUUACUGAGCACUCCAUCAGUACAGUUGGUAAAAAGCUGGUACAUUCAGAGUCUAAUGGAUGUAGUUGAGUUCCAUCAAAAACACCCAGAGGACCACAGGGUUUUAUCCGACUUUAUAGAUACACUUGUUAUAGUCCGAAAUAGACACCACGAUGUUGUGCCUAUAAUGGCGCAAGGAGUAAUUGAAUACCAAGAUGCCUUCAGAGUGGACCCAGUCACCAAUCAAAAUAUUCAGUACUUCUUGGAUCGGUUUUACAUGAAUCGUAUAUCCAUCCGGAUGCUAAUAAACCAGCACACACUUCUUUUUGAUGACAAUACCAACUCAGGUCAUCCACAGCACGUUGGCAGCAUUGAUCCAUGCUGUGAUGUGGUGGGAGUGGUGAAUGAUGCUUUUGAAACUUCCCGGAGACUCUGUGACCAGUAUUACUUAGCUUCUCCAGAAUUAAGUCUCAUUGAAGUGAAUGGAAGAGUGCCAGGACAACCCAUUCACGUUGUUUAUGUUCCUUCCCACCUCUUCCACAUACUGUUUGAGCUCUUCAAGAAUGCCAUGAGGGCAACAGUUGAACAUCAGAACAAUUCUUCUCUUUCUCCAGUUGAAGUGACUGUUGUUCUAGGAAAUGAAGACCUGACAAUUAAGAUAUCUGACACAGGAGGUGGUGUUCCAUUGAGGAAAAUCAAUCUCCUGUUUAGCUACAUGUAUUCCACAGCACCAAGACCCGUGUUGGAUGACUCUCGUAAUGCUCCUUUGGCUGGUUUUGGGUACGGCUUGCCAAUUUCUCGUCUAUAUGCUAAAUACUUUCAAGGAGACUUGAAUCUAUAUUCUAUACCAGGUUACGGAACAGAUGCUAUUCUCUACCUGAAGGCUCUUUCAACAGCAUCAGUAGAAAAGCUCCCUGUGUUCAACAAGUCUGCCUUUAAGCGUUAUCAAAUGGCUACAGAGGCAGAUGAUUGGUGUAUCCCAAGUAAACCAAAGAACUCGGACCUAGACAAGAAGAAAUCAAUGAAAGAAGCAACUAUAGAAUAUCGCUACACAAUGGGGGAGAAAAAAAAGUCUCAACCCAGAAGUCAAUGGAAGGGUGUAUCAGUCAAGGCUUACAUCUCUCCUGGGCCACUUGCAACCAGUCUUCCAGGUGCUUUCCAGAGCUCUUUAUAUGGAGCAUUCUCAAAGUCUUUCAUAGCAUGAACCACUUCUGCAUUCAAAAAAAAAAACGGAUACUGCCGCAGGGAUUCUGUGAUUAAGUACAGCUAUUGCUUACAUGGUGUCAUAGGACUCCCCCCCCCACCCCCCCUUUUUUUUUUAAUUCUCAAGGGAAAGCUGUACAACACCUUCAGAAGAUGAGCCUGAGAGCUUAAAUUCAUAACUUUGCUAGGUAGACUGUCUAUAACCCACUUAAUCUCCUAUCAUCCCUUUUUCCCCCUCCUUUCCUCACUGUGACUGGGGAGUGUUAAUAGGCCACCUCCCCUUGAGUUGUCCCUUGGAAUAUGUAUUAACUACUUAUGUUAAACAAUGUGUUCCCCCUUGCAUUUCCUAGACCUGAAGAAGAGCUCUGUAAGCUUGAAAGCUGGUCUUUCUCACCAACAGAAGUUGAGCCAAUAAAAAAUACUGUAUUACCUCACCCCCCCCUGUUUCUCAAAUAUACUUUUGGGGGUUUUAGAUAAUGGAGUGGUUGGGAAUAAAGACUAGCAAUGCCACCACCCCAUUACUAAUACAUUUGUAGUGCCAACUGAAUAAACAUAAAACCUAUGAACUAGGACCCUAUGCUGUAGGAACUGUAUAAAUAACAAUGGUGGUCCCUGCCCCAAAGACCUUGCAAUCCACGUGUGGGGCAAGAGAAAACGGAUGGUGACAGGUGGGAGAGCACAAUUCUACUGAGAUAUUACUAACAACCCAGAUGUUACUCCACUAUCCUUAGCCAUAAUACUUGUAGAAUCAAGCAUCUUGCUGAUUGGUGUAGCCAUGUGUUCUUAAAAAAAAAAAAAAAAAAGUGACCUCUUUAUCAUAACUGCCAAGAGAAAGUGGAAAGAUGCAUCAAAACUAGCAUUUACUGAGUGAUUUAAUAAAAAUCAGUGCACUACAUGAGUCUGAGAAAAUAGAGGGGAAAACUGGGUAUUUUUCCUUAAAAUAACUGAAGAAAAUAACGAGCAUAUUUUGAAUUUGUCCGCCAAUGUUUCUGUUUAUCAAUUAUCACUUUACCCUCAGUCUCUUCUACCUCUGGGAAAAUGUUAUAUUUGUACAAUAUAAUUAUUGAUUUAAAAACAUCGACUGGGUUAACUUUAAAAAUCAAACACAGCAGUUCAUGAUGUAUGGAAAGCUAUCAUCUUCUGGAGCUAGUUCCCUAUCCAGUUUUCAAUGCAAUGUGGCAUGUAAGAUAUACAUUAAUUUUUUUCUUAAUAUUACUUUUCCAUGUGAGCAAUUAUUGUAGCUGCCAAAGGAAUGGUAUGUUAUAGCAUCUGGGAGGUGAGGUAAUGUACUUGAAUGAAGAGGGAGUUAGCCAUGAGACAGUCUCUCUAUUAAGACGGGGUUCACUCUAUGGGGAAAAAAAAACUGAGAAUCCGUUAUCUAGUAUACUUUCUACUUUCUAUAUCAUUGACUUACUACUUUCUAUCAUCUCACAUGAUGAAAAAUAACCAAGUUUACUAACGC